GCCCCGCCCCGUCCCGCCCAGGACGCGCCCCCAUCCCCGCCCCCCGCGGCGCGCGCGGCGAGCGGGAUCCGGGGGCGGGCGGCGGCAGCCCCUGUGCCGGCGCCGAGGCGAUGGCCGAGGAGCGAGACGUCCGCUUCGUCACCGAGGAGAGCUUCGACUUCGGGUUCCUGUCCCCUUCUGACAGCCGGGAGGAGGAAGAGGAGGAGGAGGAGGAGGAGGGGGCGGGGGGCGGCGGGCGCUGGAGCCCCCUGCGCGGCGCCCGGCUGGAGGAGGUGGUGCGGGAGGCCACGCGGCUGGCGGCCCAGCUGGAGCAGUGCCACCUGCCCCCCCCCGCGCCCGCCGGCCCCCCGCGCAGCCCCCGCCGCGAGACCUUCGUGGUGCGGGACAGCCCCGUGCGGGCGCUGCUGCCCACGGUGGAGCCGCGUGGGACCCCCCCCCCCCGCUGCCAGCCGGACCCCCACCAAGCCCCGCGGCGUCCCCGCUGCCUCCAACAGCCCCGGCACCCGCAAGGUGUUGCCCAGCUGCCACCCCACCGCGGCACCCAAAGGAUCCCCCGGAGCCAGGGUGACCCCCCCCAGCCGGGUGGCCCCCCCCCGGCCUUGCCCUCCCCAGGGGCAGGGGGCUGCGAGCCGGGGCAAGUCAGAGCCCCCCCGGGUGGGGACAGCAGGCCAGCCGAGGGCGAGGGGGGGAGCAGCCCCCUGCCCCCCCCCCACCCGUCAGCCCCGCGCCAGGGCCGCCACCGCCGCCCCCUCCAGCCGCCCCCCCGCCCCCAGCGCCAUCCCCAGGGCGCCUGGCCGGACCCCGGCGGGGGGGUCACCCAGAGGCGCGGGGGCGGUGCGGGCAGCCCCCCCGGCUGCUGGCUCGGGGUGCAAACCGGGACCCCCCCCCAGCCGCCUCCGCCCCCCCCGGAAGACGGCGGCGAGCAGCACCCCAAGGUGACGCCCCCCACCUAAUCACCCAGAGGAGCUUGGGGUGCCCGGACCCACCCCCCAUCUGGGUGUGUGGGUGACAAAGGGGGGAUUGGGGAAACUGAGGCGGGGGGGGGGUGCAGAAUCGGGGCCCCCCCGGGGUGAGGCAGAGGCGCAGGUUGGAUUUUGCUUUAAUUACAAAAGGUUACGUCAGCAGUAGGAAACCCCCCCCCGCCCCCCCAGCACCCAGGGGUCCCUCACCCCCCCCAACAGCUUCCACCGGGUGCCACCCACCGCUGGGUGCCACCACCUGAGACUCACCCCUGGGGCAGGCAAAGUAUUGGGGGGGGGGCCCAGACAUCCCUGCACCCCUCAACUAAUCCCCCCCCUGCCCUGUGCCCCCCCGCCCCCCACCUGGGGGGGGUUGGCACCAUGGCAGGGAGGGGGGGAGUUCAUAUAUCCUUUUUUUUGUAUUUUUCAUGUAUUUUUUAAAUAAAACCCUCCACCGGG